AUGAGCACAUUUUAAGCUUCAUAGUCAUAAGCUUAGAUAGUUUAACCGAGCAUGUCAUUAAAUCCUUUAUCGAAAACUUAAAAGAAAUUAGAAAGGGGAUCUUCUAUUUUGAUGAAUGCUACAGCUAGCUCGCUGAUUUGGAAAGAAAAGAUAAAAAUAAAUGAAAAAGAUAUUGAAAAACUUAAAAACUAUAACAAAAAAGAAUUAAAAAAUCUUGAUUAUUUGAUAAGACUUCCUCAUGAACAUUAUGAAUUAUAAAGGGUUGCAAGUAUGAGUGUUGAAUAAAAGCUUUUGUAUAGCGAUUAAAAUGAUAUGAAUUUCUAUAAAAUACCUAAUUAUGAUAAAAAAAGAGCUAAGUAAAGAAAUAAUACAAAUUUUAGGACAUAGCAUUAAAUAAGUGAUAAAGCUCUUUUGGGCGAAAGUAAAUUGUAUCAAGAAAUAUAGCUUACUCCAUAUGAAAAUCAAAUUAGAAAUCUACUAAAAAAGAAAGAUUAAAAAAAUGUUUUACUCCUAGGAGAAAUUUAUAAAAAGCUUGAAGAUUCGCUGGACGAAGAAGAAUAAAAACUUAUAAGCCAUUUCAACGAUAGGUCUUCUAAGCAAAAUGAUAUUAAACUUGUUGAGGGUCUUGACAACUGGCUCAAAAUUUAAAAAUCUUAGCAAUUAGAGAAAGAAAAGAAAAAAGGAGAGCACAGUAAAACUGGCCCAAUAAAUACUCCAUCCUAGUUUAUAAGAAGAGAAACUAUAAAACGUAUGUCUUUAACUCUCCCUUAAAUCAUGAAAGAGGAUAAACCACAAAUAGAACUUUCUAAAUUUCCAUAGUUAGUCGGAUUACUUAAAAAUGAUGUAACUAGUCCUUUUGCUGGAACAAGAAGUAGAUAGCAGACUAGGUAGCAAGAAGAAUUAUAAUAAAUAGAUCAUGAAGAUGAUAACACUUAAAAAAAUAGCAUGAAUACUCCUAAAACAUCUGAAGCUCACAAAAGUAGAUUUUUUGAUGCUCUUCAUGAUGCUCUCAAAACAAUUAAUGAAAAGGAGCGUGAAAAAAGUAGCGAUCCUAAUGUCAUUUAUGAUAAAGAUAGAGGACUUAGGAAAACAAUUAAGAAUUACAUGAAAAAAGUACCAGAUGUUUCAGAGCAAGGAUCUAAAAUUAAAGGAGAGUAGGUAACUAAUUAGGAAUUUACAGCAGAAGGCAUGAGGUAAGUAAUCGAAGACUUAUUCAAGAUUGAUGAUGAAGAAGGAAUUUCUAGUGUGAUUGAUAGAGCUCGUUUUUAUGAAAAGUAAGCUGGUCUGAUAGAAUCACAGUUAAUUUAGAAAAUUAGGGAUACUAUUUCUCUUAUUAACAAUAAGGUUAAUACAGCAAGAAUUUUACGUUUGGAAAAUUAUUAACUUCUUCGUAAAAUAAACUAAAUUAAAAAUUUGAUUAAAUAAUUAAAUGAAGAAUUAAAUGAGCAACAAAACAAAGCAAGCAAAAAUCCAAAUAUGGCAUAAAGCUUUUUUGACAUGUCAUCUUCAUCUGUGAAAAAGAAAUCUCAAAAUACAGAUACUAACUUAAAUUCUCCUUCAACUACUAAUUUAUAAGCUCCACAGUUUAAUUAUAAUUAAUCGACGAUAAGUAAUCUUGGAAAUGAUAAAAGUACGAGAUAGAAUUUAAUAGAUAAUUUAAUGACAAAUGUUUAGAAGCUGAAUGAGCUUGAAGGUGAAAUAUAAACUCUAAAGAAUACUUUGGUUUUAUAUGAUAAGAAAAUGAAGGAUAAUGAUAAAUAAAUUAUUUUAAUUGAAGACAACAUCAAUUAAAAAAAGAAAGAAUUAAAGUCAUUAUAAAAAGGAAAAAAGCUCUUUUUGCUUGAACUUCUUAAAAAUGGUAAGGAUGCUAGAGGAGAAGGACUUUCUUGGAUAAUCAGAAGCAUCUGGAAUAGCUAAGAAAAAGUUUUUGACUCAUAUCUCCCAGAUUUCUUAGAUUAAAAGGCAAAAGAAUACCUUUUGCAGAGGUCACACAAAGAAGAUGAGCUUUAAAACAUGGUUUCACUUUUAAAUAUGCAAUUAGAGUUAUACAAAGCAAAUAUGAUGAUAAAUGACCACAUGAAAGAUAUUGAAGGUUUAGAAAUAGAUGAAGAUCAUUAAGAACAAUCUAAUAUUAAUCCAUCAAUUAUGCAUGAUUCAAGCAUAAAUCCAAAUCAAUCAAUUUCAGCUGGGAAUAUUUUGAACAAAGGGAAUAUGUUACCAAAUUUAAGUAAGAUAGAUGUAAAAAGGAUUAAAUAUGAAUAAUCUUUAAAGAAAAAAUAAGAAAAAAUUGAAAAUAUCUAAGAUUUAAUUUAAGGAAUAGAAAGCAACUAGUAAGAUAUAGUUUAAAGAACACUAAACGAGCUUAAUACAUCUAAAUAAACUUCUAAUGAUAUUAUAUAUUUAUAAACGUAAAAGAAGAUUAAGGAUGUUGUGAGAUAAGCAAGGUAGUAGCAAUUAGAGUAGUAAUUAAUGAAGGAUAAAGAAAAGAAUGAAAAUGAAAACUUGACUCUUUUAAAUGCUAACCAGAGUAUAAUUAGCCCAACUGAAAAUAAUAACAUCAACAAUAAUAGUAAACAACAAAAUAAUAAAAUAGUCCUUUAUGAAAAUAAUAGCAUAAUAAAUAAGUAUGAAAGUCGUGAAGAGUUCGUUAAGUAAUAUGAAUAGUUAUGUAAAAAGAUAGAGGAAAAAUAAAAGUAAAUUAAAUUUAUGGAAGAAGAGGAGCUUAUGAGAAUAAUAAGAGAAUUUGAUUAUAAGAAUUACAGAAAAAGAAUGGGUGUGGCUUGUUCAGUUGUUCUGUGUGCUUUGUUUGGGUGCUACAAAGCUGAUAAAGAAUUAAUCCGUCAUGGAAUGACCAGAAAAUGA